UAGGUUCUUCUUCUAUAUGGUUCGACCGAGCUUCUUCUCUUCAAAAUUUUAUUGGAGUCAAAUUGCAAGCCUUUUCCCAUUCAAUUCUCGAUUGUUUUUGGGUAGAAACUGAAUCUGAAUCUGAAUUGAGAGAGAGAGAGAGAGAGAGAGAGAGAGGUAUUUGAGUAAAAGUAGUAGCAGUAGUAGUGGUAGUAGUAGUAAUAGUUGGGAGAGCGAACAAGAAUGGUGUUCGGUCAAGUGGUAAUUGGUCCGCCGGGCUCUGGUAAGACCACUUACUGCAACGGCAUGUCUCAAUUCCUCCAACUUCUCGGAAGGAAAGUAGCUGUAAUCAACUUGGAUCCUGCAAAUGAUUCAUUGCCGUAUGAAUGCACCAUUAACAUUGAGGAUCUUAUUAAACUCAGUGAUGUUAUGAAUGAGCAUUCCCUUGGUCCUAAUGGAGGUCUUGUGUAUUGUAUGGAUUACUUAGAGAAAAACGUUGACUGGUUGGAGUCCAAAUUAAAGCCUCUUCUCAAAGAUCAUUAUCUUCUCUUUGAUUUCCCUGGCCAAGUAGAAUUAUUUUUCCUCCAUUCAAAUGCCAAGAAGGUCAUCGACACACUUAUAAAGAAUUUGGAUCUUAGGCUGACGGCUGUGCAUUUAGUAGAUGCACACCUUUGCAGUGAUCCAGGAAAGUAUGUGAGUGCAUUGAUUCUCUCUCUAUCAACAAUGUUACAUCUGGAACUUCCCCACAUCAAUGUUUUGUCUAAAAUUGAUCUCAUUGAGAGCUAUGGAAAACUAGCUUUUAAUCUCGAAUUCUACACGGAUGUUGAAGAUUUAUCUUACUUACAAUAUCACCUUGAUCAAGACCCUCGCUCUGCUAAAUACAGGAAACUGACGAAGGAGCUGUGUGAAGUAAUAGAAAACUAUGGUCUUGUCAACUUUACUACAUUGGAUAUUCAGGACAAAGAGAGUGUGGGGAAUCUUGUAAAGCUCAUAGACAAGACAAAUGGAUAUAUAUUUGCUGGCAUAGAAGGGAGUGUAGUUGAGUUCAGCAAAAUUGCUGCCGCUCCAAUUGAUUGGGAUUAUUAUAGAACAGCAGCAAUACAAGAGAAGUACAUGAAGGAUGAUGAAAUUGAUUUUGACAACUGAUAUUGGGAAGGCAGUGUUUACAUCGGAGGAAUGUCAGGUUGGUGACUCGUGGUCAUCAUCAGGUGUACAUGAAGGUGAAGAUCUGAACUUUGAUCUGUAGGCUUCUGGAGAUGGACUGCUAAAAGUGGGAACUUUGUCUUGAUGAUUAUCUUUUAGAAUGCCUAUCAGUUUAAACUAGUCAAUUAAUUUUGUCUUUUGUAAUACAACAGGAAUGUAACAUACUAGAAUUGCGGCCAUUUUUUUUCUAAAAUCAUUCCGAUUCCCAUUGUGUUUU